AUGGAGAACGUGACGGCCGCCCGCAACUCGUGCACCUUCCACGAGGAGUUCAAGCAGGUGCUGCUGCCCCUGGUCUACUCGGCCGUGUUCAUGCUGGGGCUGCCGCUCAACGCCGUGGUCAUCGGGCAGAUCUGGCUGUCCCGCGAGGGGCUCACGCGCACCAUGAUCUACAUGCUCAACCUGGCCACGGCCGACCUGCUCUACGUGUGCUCCCUGCCGCUCCUCAUCUACAACUACACGCAGAAGGACUACUGGCCCUUCGGGGACUUCGCCUGCAAGCUCGUCCGCUUCCAGUUCUACACCAACCUGCACGGCAGCAUCCUCUUCCUCACAUGCAUCAGCGUCCAGCGGUACCUGGGUAUCUGCCACCCCUUGGCCUCCUGGCACAAGAAGAAGGGCAAGCGGUUCACGUGGCUGGUGUGCGCCGUGGUGUGGCUCCUGGUCAUCGCGCAGUGCUUGCCCACCUUCGUCUUCGCCGCCACGGGCACGCAGAGGAACCGCACGGUGUGCUACGACCUGAGCCCGCCGGACCGCUCCGCCAGCUACUUCCCCUACGGCAUCACGUUGACCAUCACGGGCUUCCUGCUGCCCUUCGCGGCCAUCCUGGCCUGCUACUGCAGCAUGGCCAGGAUCCUGUGCCAGAAGGACGAGCUCAUCGGGCUGGCCGUGCGCAAGAAGAAGGACAAGGCCAUCCGCAUGAUCGUCAUCGUGGUCCUCGUCUUCUCCGUCAGCUUCGUGCCCUUCCACAUCACCAAGAGCAUCUACCUGAUCGUCCGCUCCUCGCCCGGCCUGCCCUGCCCGGCCCUGCAGGCCUUCGCCAUCGCCUACAAGUGCACGCGGCCCUUCGCCAGCAUGAACAGCGUCCUCGACCCCAUCCUCUUCUACUUCACGCAGCGCAAGUUCCGCGAGAGCACCCGCUACCUGCUGGACAAGGUGAGCUCCAAGUGGAGGAACGACCACUGCGUCAACUACGGCUCGUAG